GUCCAAUACCACUACAUCUUUGGGUAGAAGACACUGGCAUAAACUGGCUAGCUGUAUACGUUCCUUACCGUAAACAACGGGUUUGUCAGUCGUAGUAAAGGAUCAUGGUUUUUGAAAGGUCCUUAAAUGACCUUAUUAAGGGCAUAAGGUCUCAUAAAGAUGAUGAAGAAAGCUACAUUAAUGGUUGCCUAUUGGAAUGUCGAAAAGAAGUAUCCAGCCAGGAUGCAGAAAUAAAAGCAGAAGCUGCAUUAAAACUUGCAUAUUUGGAGAUGUUUGGUUUUGAUAUUAGCUGGGCAAGUUUCCAAAUCAUUGAAGUGAUGGCUUCAUCGCAACUUUCCCAGAAACAAAGAGGAUAUUUGGCGGCAGUCCAGUCGUUUAAGCCAACAACUGAUGUUCUUAUGCUUACAACAAAUUUGAUAAAAAAGGAUAUCAUGAGUUCAAAAGUACCUGAAAUUACUAUAGCCAUUAAUGGAUUAUCUCAUAUUUCUACAUACGGGUUAGCACGAGACUUAUAUCAAGAUGUGUUGAUUCUGCUGAACCAUUCGGUACCCUAUAUACGCAAACGUACCAUCAUGGUCCUUUAUCGACUGUGUUUGCAGUAUCCAGAUGCAAUUCCAAUUUGUGUUCCAAAACUUCGUGAGCGAUUAGAUGAUACUGACACCUCCGUUGUGAACGCUUCAGUUAGUGUAAUUUGUGAGUUGGCACGGAGGACACCAAAAAAUUACCUGGAAUUUGCUCCUGAUUUGUUUCAUCUGCUAACGAAUUCCUCCAACAACUGGAUGCUUAUUAAACUCGUGAAGUUGUUUGCUUCUUUAACUCCUUAUGAACCAAGACUCGUUAAAAAACUCGUCCCGGCUUUAACACAAAUAAUUGAGACUACUCAUGCCAUGUCAUUAUUGUAUGAGUGCAUUAAUACCAUCGUCUCUGGGAAUAUGUUGGUAAAUUAUUCUCGUUCUGAUCAACUUGCUUGCUUGUGUGCGACAAAAUUACGUGAAUUUUUCCUGGACACGGAUCAGAACUUAAAAUACGUCGCUUUACUUUCAUUUACUAAACUUUCUAUUACACAUGAAGAGCUUGUUGCUCAACAACUAGAUAUAAUCCUUCAGUGCUUAAUCGACUCUGAUAUUUCGCUUAGAAUGAGAGCACUGGAUCUUGUUUGUCAAAUAGUGAACUCAGAAAACAUUGUUUCCAUUGUGAAGACAAUCAUGCUUCAAUUGGUUGCUUCAUCCGAUGACAUUUAUGUUGAAGAAUCUCGAAAUAUAACUGCACUUAAACUGAUAGAAAUGACUUCCAAGUCUACGUAUGCAGUUGUUUCUGAUUUUGAAUGGCUUUUGAGCGUUUACGUGGAUCUUGCACGGAUACCGCAAAUUCACGUAGGAAAAAUACUAUCCUCUCAAAUAGUUGAUCUUUGUGUUCGCGUAAAAGCUCUUAGACCAUUCGCUGUUGAUUUAUUUUCCCAAAUAAUUUCCGAUCCUUCCACUAUUUUUUCCGAAAGGAAGUCCGAAGAAAGCUUUUCUGAAGUUUUGCCUUCUCUUCUUUGGUGUUUAGGUGAGUAUGCCGAAUACGUAGAAGAUUACAUUGAUAUUUUGGACGUUUUGGUUCGUCCAGCUUCAACCUCCCUUCCUUCUAGCAUACAAGCAGUCUUAAUCCAGUGUGUUCCUAAGUUAUUUUGUCAAUGGUGUAUAAAUGAGGAAGCUGCCUGGGGAGCAGAGAAGUUGGGUUUAGUAAAACUAUGGGUUACACGAAUUCAACAAUUCAUGGAUAAUUAUGUGCAAUUUCUCGACAUGGAAGCACAAUUAAGAGCAGUUGAAUAUAGUAUUAUGUUUGCUCAAAUACAAGAGGUCCUCAAUACAGAUGAUUAUUCUGAAAUCCUUGAGUUUCAGCAAGCACCUCCUUAUAUUAUAAAAAACACUGUUUUUAACUUGUUUUUUACUGACCCCCUUAACCCUGUUGCUAGCAAAGCACAGAAACGAGUUUUACCUCCAGAAGGUCUCAAUCUAGAAACUCCCAUUAAUGGUAUUAUUGAAGCACCUAAAAAGGUAAAGAAUAUGAUAGACGAAAGCAAUAACAUAGUACGCACAAGGGAGACCAAUGAGUUUUUAAAAGAUAAUAUCCCGAAUAUGCCGCAAGCGAAAGAAUCCGGGUCCGUCAGAGACCUAGAUAAUCCAUUUUAUCUGAAUUCAAGCCCAUCUAAGGAGAAAGACUCCGCUAUAGAAAACGGCGCAAAUGAUGUUGACGAAGUUACCGAAAAUGAUUCCCUCUUUUCAGGAAGUAAAGUAAAGAAAGUUACCAAGAAAACUCGACGGAGAAAAGUUCUUGCUUCGCCUACUCAAGGACCUGUAGAAAUUGCUCAGGAUGAAAUACCUGAAGGUGUACGGCUUUCAGACGAAGAUCAGCUCGAAGGAUCUAAAAUUCCGAAAGAAAAGCUUUUAAUUUCAUUGGAGCCAACUUCUUCAACCUUGAACGAUAAUGAUUACCGUCCAGAAACAGCCUCAAAUCCUCAUAUAGCUCCUAUCAAGGUUAAGCGAAAGGAGAAGAAAAAGAAAACCCAGGGUACAGAAACCAAAGGAGAAAAGGAGAGAAAAAAAAAGACUCCCAAAAAAUCCGAACACUAGGGUUUAGAUUGUGAUGUUUAGUUACGUAUAAUGUUAGUAUAUAAUUGUAAUGUUUGAUCAAUUUUGUCUAUAAUAGUCGAUUUUGUGAGUUUCAUCUUAAAUAAUGAACUAUCAAAUGCUUUAUUACUUAUCCGGGAACCUAUAGCACAAUUUUAUUUAUAAAAACAG